AUGGAGCAUGACAAAGUCCGCGGCAAUGGAGUCUCUCCCAGACAGACACGACCGGCCGGGCCGAAUGCAGAGAUAGCAGAGAAACUCCAUGGAUUAGUCGAGACGAUGCUGGGUCAUCUCCAGGCCAAGGAAGCGACCAUCUACCGCGGCGCUGAUGCCUAUCGGAAGAAUGGCAUCAAUUGCGUGGACAAGAUCGAACGACGCUACAUACAAGAGAGGCAAGCGCUCAAUGAAACGUGGAAGAAGGAUAGUGAUAGGUUUCUCCGGGGGACGCGGGCAGCAAAGGCAGCGAUUGAUGAGCGCGGAAAGAUACGAGAGAAGGCGAUGCAGCAACUGAAUGAAACAGCAGCAAGGCGCCGCCACUUGUUUCAACAAGCGACGACAAGUUUACGAGCACUUCAUGGACGAUUGAUGAAGGGAAAACUUGCAGACUACGAAGAUUGA